CAUGUGGCUGCUGUAGAUCCCAUCGGGACAAAUAAUCUCCACCACUGCUCGCGCCGGCCUUGGAAUCAUCCUCACCGUCCUCCUCCUGCAUAGUCACAUCAUGGCACCAGGCCUGCUAGAGAAACUCAAGACGAAGAAGUCCAAGGAGGUCAUCUCCGCAAAAGCUGCAGUGCCUGCUCCCGCCGUGGAGUCGCCCAAGGCGGACUCGAAGAGGCGAAAGAGAAAGUCACAAGCAGGAGCGGACGAUACUCCGAGCACAUCUACGAGCGUGCAGCCUGCGACGACAACUGAAGCCGCUCCCAAAAAGUCCAAGAAGGCGGAUGCGUUGCCAAUCGAGCCAGCCCAGGUGCCUCCUGUCGCGGAGAAGGCACCGGCGAAGAAGGGCAAGGGCGAACAGGAGGAGCUCGCUGAUGAGCAGGUUUCGAGCGGUGCUGCGUCACUGAAGGGAAAGCGGAAGGAGAAGGGCGCCGGGGCUGUAGACAAGGGCUCUGUCGCCGGAGAGAAGAAAGGCAAGGGAAAGGAAGCGCGGUUGGAGGUAGAGGCCGACACGGAGGUAGAGAAGAGAGCGAAGUCGAAGAAGGGACGUAAGUCGAAGAAGGAGGGGAGCCUGUGGAGGACGACCUCCCCGAAGCGAAGAGCUCCAAGCAGGAAAAGAGCGCGAAAGUCUCAGAGGCGGCUCCUGCGAAAGAGGUCCAACCGAAGCCGUCGAAGAAGGCACCCAAAGAGCCGAUGGGACGGCAUCGACGUCACGAAGCUGCCGACCAUUGCGAAGGACGACGCAGUGGUCAAGAAAAGGCUGGAUCAGGCCAAAAAGCAUCCGACGGUAGACCGCGGUGUCAUCUACCUCGGCCGGAUACCUCACGGCUUCUACGAGGACCAAAUGCGCCAGUACUUGUCCCAGUUCGGCACAACCGGUCGCUCAAAACAUUACGCCUUCAUCGAAUUCGACUCGUCCUCUGUCGCGGAGAUCAUUAUCCCCAAGGAUGAAGUGCACUCCGAGCUUUGGAUCGGUGCGAACAAGAAGUGGCGUGUCAUCCCGAGGGAUCGCAUUGCACGCGUGCAGCACAACAAGCGGCUGUUGAAGCGCCAAGCGCAGCGGAAACGCAAGCUGGAGGAGGCGGGCAUCAACUACGACUUCGGUGCCGUCGCAUAUGUAUGUCUUCGUCUCUCGGCUUUGAAUCAUUCGCUAAGCACCUUCUUUGGUCUUCCCAGAAAAAGUCCAAGCCUGUAGAGGUGUAGGACCCGGCUUGACAAUUCAGCACAUCUCCAUCUAUGGUUGUAGCCUUGUACUGGAAAUGCUUGUCUUCUAAGAACAGUCUCGUCUGGACUCCGCUGUCGUACCUGCCUUGGGACAUAUUCUCCCGUGUUCACUGCUGAGAUCUGUACGGCGCAUGAAUGCCAGUGUCGAGCUCAGUGGCCCAGUGAGUAGGAAUUCUGACUGGCCCUCGCUUCCUUGCAGGUGCCACGAUUGUCACGG